AUGAACCAAGAUUUAUUUACAAACCCAUUUGGAAUUCCUCCGCCCUCUGAUGAUUCUUAUGCAUCUCUGCGAAGAUUCACAAACGAAUUUGAGGUCGGAAUUCCCCAAGAUCAGUUUGAUACAUACAAAGAUAAACUGGCCAACCUUCUUAAAGCACUUGCAUCUAAAUUUCAAGGAGAUACUCCUUCACAAGAUAAUACGACUGAAAUUCGAGAGAUGCUUCAAGAGUUUAAUGAAAAGUUUGGCAGCCUCGAACAAGAACAAAAGCGCCUCAGAGAAGAGAUGAUCCAAGCACAGAGUAGCCUCACAGAAAGACUAGAAAGCCAAGCCGAUAUUAUCUCAAGAAUUCAGCAAAAUGAUUCCAAGAUAAACAGAUUUGUUGCCGAUGAUACAAAAUCAUAUCCAUUUAUUGAAGGAUUGGACCUUUGUCUGAGUUGUAUGAACUAA